CUUUGAAAUUAACAGGUUAACAUCCGGCUGUAAUCUGGAUUGUAGUUCAUUUCCGUUUAUUCCUGAACUUUUGUGCGUUUGGAGGGUUUUCGACAGAUUUGCGUUUUAGAAGCAUCAUGGGUGCGUGUUUGGCGCUCGGGUCCCUUGCUAGUUGCGCGUCCUGUUUGUGCGGCUCGGCCUCCUGCCUGCUGUCCUCAUGUUGCCCUUCCACCUACAACUCCACGGUCAGCCGGCUGGCCUUCUCCUUCCUGCUGCUGCUCGGAACGCUGGUGUCCAUCAUUAUGAUCCUUCCAGGCAUGGAAGAACAUCUGAAGAAGAUUCCUGGUUUCUGUGUGGGCGGGUCUAGCAUACCUGGCUUAGAGAAUAGGGUGAACUGUGACAUCAUCGUGGGCUACAAGUCUGUGUACCGCAUGUGCUUCGCCAUGGCCUGCUUCUUCUUCCUGUUCUCCAUCAUCAUGAUCCGAGUGCGCACCAGCAAGGACCCUCGAGCUUCCAUCCAGAACGGGUUCUGGUUCUUCAAGUUUCUGAUGCUCAUUGGCAUCGCUGUGGGAGCAUUCUACAUCCCAGAUGGAACCUUUAACAUAGUGUGGUACUACUUUGGCGUGGUGGGUUCCUUUGUCUUUAUCAUCAUCCAGCUCAUCCUGCUGAUUGACUUUGCUCAUUCCUGGAAUCAAUCUUGGCUGGAGAGGGCCGAGAAUGGAAACCAGAAAUGCUGGUUUGCAGCUCUGCUCUCCUUCACCGUCAUCCACUACGCCUUGGCCUUCACCGCCGUCGUUCUCUUCUACGUCUUCUACACUCAGUCCGACGACUGCACCGAGCACAAGGUCUUCAUCAGCCUCAACCUUCUGUUCUGCAUCGCUGUGUCUGUCGUGUCCAUCCUGCCGAAGGUUCAGGAGGCUCAGCCCACAUCCGGUCUGCUGCAGGCCUCCCUCAUCUCCCUCUACACCAUGUACGUCACCUGGUCGGCCAUGACCAACAACCCCAAUAAGCGGUGUAACCCCAGUCUGCUGAGUCUGGUCCAGAAUCCUGGAGCCACUCCCCCACCAGGACCCGCUCCCACCGAGGCCCCGGGGAACGUGCAGUGGUGGGACGCUCAGGGCAUCGUGGGAUUGAUCAUCUUCUUGUUCUGCACUCUCUACGCCAGCAUCCGCUCCUCCAACAACGCUCAGGUCAACCGGCUGAUGCAGACGGAGGAGGGGCAGGGUCUGACCGUGGAUGUGGAUGACUCCCCUGACGAGGGGGGGGUUCGGCGUGCCGUGGACAACGAGGAGCAGGGAGUGACCUACAACUACUCCUUCUUCCACUUCAGCCUCUUCCUGGCCUCGCUCUACAUCAUGAUGACCCUCACCAACUGGUACAUGCCCAACAUAGACUAUGAGUCCAUGCAGACCUCCAUGCCGGCCGUCUGGGUGAAGAUCAGCUCCGGCUGGAUCGGCCUGGCUCUGUACUUGUGGACUCUGUUGGCGCCGCUGGUGCUGCCCGACAGAGACUUCAGCUGAGGGGCGGGGUCAGAGAAAAAUGUUCUGUCCAGGCGGGUUCAAACCUCCUCAGAAACACAUUCCAGCUUUCACUAGUUCUCACUCUGAUGAAGAAAAGCACUACAAUCUUUCACCAAAUGACCUUUUUUGUGUUUCUUUUAAUCAGAGGAGUGUGCCUUCUUGUACUUUAGUCUCAGUUCAUGUAAUAGCGCCCUUAUAUUAUUGCUGCACGGGGACCGUUGCCCUUUCUACGACAUUUACCAAAGUGCUUGUUCAAAUUCACCUUUUGUGAAAAUAAAGUUAUGAUUCUCUGCAA